CUAGCAUGAGCCGAAUGAGGAUAAGGGCUGAAAGGAUUCGGAAAAAACAUCUAAAAUCUAACAAAUCAAUGAGAAUAAGAGAAAGACAACUCAAAAUCAAGUGAGCAGCAUUCAGGCGCGUUCCGAGAGCCAUCACGUGCCGAAGCGCUGGACCCUGGACGAAGGGGCUGGUGGGGGGAAAGAAACAAGGGAAAGCUCUGAUUGUGGAGAAGCAUGUGUCCGCUGUGGCUCUUUCUUUUUAUCAGUGAGAAGUAGCGUCACAAGAGUUCAGCCACAUAAGGAAGUUUAGCACUUACCGCUCAACAUCCCGUUAAAUCACGAUUUGCUGACUAUGUAUUCAUACACAAAUUAUGCUGUAUGAAUAUACCACCAGUGGACUUUGACUGACGUGCCCACAGCUUCUUCACCUCAACAGAGCAGAAACCAUUUCUUCAAGUACCGGCAUAAAGGUUUUGCAGAAUGUGUCACGUCAUAGUCACAUGCCGGUCUAUGUUAUGGACCUUGAUGAGCAUUUUAGUGGCAUUUGCAGAGGUGGUGGCAUUUAUGAGUGCUGAUUGGCUAGUGGGAUAUGCAGAUGGUUCAGAAUCCAACUUUACUGUUUCCACUUCACUCCGCUCCAACCAGCGCACCCUGGGUAUUUACAACCGCUGCCUCAAGGUGGCAAACCAAAAGGUGGUCCAGUGUGGGCCCUACGCCACAGACUUCAUGGAAAUAGCCAGCGGCUUCUGGCAAGCCACAGUUAUAUUUCUAGUCAUUGGAAUCUUUCUCCUGUGCAUAGUGGGCAUACUGUCGGUCUUCAGCAUGUGUUUUCAAAGUAUCUUGAAGAAGAGCAUAUUCAAUGUGUGUGGCCUGCUUCAAGGAAUAGCAGGUCUGUUCCUCAUCCUUGGUCUGAUGCUGUAUCCUGCAGGCUGGGGAUCUAGGAAGGUGGUUGACUACUGUGGUCAGGAUGCUUCUCCAUAUAAAGUGGGCCUGUGUUCUUUGGGCUGGGCCUUUUACACUGCCAUAGGAGGCACUGUGCUCACGUUCAUCUGUGCUAUGUUUUCAGCCCAGGCUGAGAUUGCCACCUCCAGUGAUAAGGUGCAGGAUGAAAUUGAAGAGGGCCGAAGUCUCAUUUGCGUCCUGUAAAAAUAACCCACUUGAAGUAUAGAAAAUAUGUGUCCCAUGUUUUCUGCUAGAAAUGACUGUUGCAUAAAUGGGAGAGUAGUUCUUUUUACUUUAUAUGGUUUACUGACUAAAAACCUAAGAAAUGCAAUUUUAUUUUUAGCUAAUGGCAAAUUAUCACUGUCUGCAUUAUAAAAUAGAUGCAUCACAAAAGUUUUGCCAUUUAAAGGACUUUUUUUAUUUUUUAUUAACGAAAGCAUUAUAUCAAUAUUUUGACUUUACUAUGUUAUUAAAUUUGUACACAAAAUGUACAGCUUGUAACAAACUGUACAUGUUUACAUUUUUACUAUUAUGUAAGGGAGUUUUUUUUUAUUUUGUUACUGCAAUAUAUUGAACAGAACUAAUUUACCAUAUAAUACUAAAAUAAAUUUAAAAAGGACAUUGUCUCAAAGGAAUCAAUCAUUUAAAAUAUUUUUUGUCUAGAUCAGCUUUUCUCAUUUUGUGACCUUAACUUUUGUUACACUGUUACAUAUUAAGAAACACUUUAUUGUAAAAGCUGUACUUUAUGUAAUCUUUAGAAGUACAUCAUUCCAAAAAGUACUUUAGUUGUAUAAGAGUUGUUACUUUAAAGUUGUUGGGGGUUUGCCAAAUUUUAAAUUUCAGGUAACUCUAUUUUACAGUGUCCUUGUUACACAUAUAAAUGUAUUGACUAUAGUAAUAACUGUCAAUUAUGCAAAAUGACAAGCAACUAACACUAAGCCAAACCCUAAAUCCAUAGUAAGUACAUGUUGUUAAUUAGUAAUAUCAGUAAUUACUUGUGUAGUUACACUGUAACAGGGACACUCCAAAAUAAAGUGUAAUCAAAUUUCAUAUUUAGGUUAAUCCGUGCAAUAUACAUUCUUUCUACCUUUGAAUGUCCCAGAUCUGGGUGUAUCUCUCUUGUUUAACAUUUUCUCUUAUGGUGGAUUAAUGAAGUCUCACAUCAGUCAAUGCAUGAAAUGUCUGCAGGACCAUAAUCACUUCACCUGAUUGCCUUUUCUGUUCAGAUCAUCCAUUCAUUACAGUCC